AUGGUGGAUACAGCAGCUGUUGGAUCCAACAACAAACAACGUGGCGUCCGAGGGGACUUCCAGAAGCGUCGCUUGCAUCCGCAUUCAGUUGACAGCAGUCGUACUAGCAAAGACAAGUCGAAGAAAAGCAAGAAAGCUGAUGCGGAUGGUGGUCGUGCUGGUGGCUUCUUCACAGGUACGGGCGGCUGGGUUAAUCCAAAGCAUGGUGAGCCUGGACACAUCCAUGGCUGGAAAAAGGGCGACGAGGUUCCUGCCGAUGCCACCCGUACAAGUCCGAUUAUUUCCAACUCGAUGGGUAGUAUCACUACCCAAACAUCCCAACUAGCCACGUACGCAGACAAGUGCGACGCGGCUCAAGCAGGAGCCGAAUUCCACACGUCUUCCUACGUACCCGUUUAUUAUCAGUAUGAAAUCCUCACGAGUACCACCCGCAAUAUCUUGGAUGUCGCGGAUAUUGUCGAUAAGGCCAUUCAGCACUUUCUAGCCAUUUGGCUUGUAGACUGUGACACCACGUCUGUUGAACCAGGAAACACCCGCAGGCAGCGGGCUUUGAUGGAAGAGCAAGUAUACUCCAAGUUCCAUGAUGAUGAUCAGCGCAAGUUGCAAUUGACUCUGGAACCUAUCGUAGGAACAGGAGUUGGCGAAUGGGAUAUUGUUCUGAUGGGAGGUACAGCAGCGGACAAGUGUUCCUCGGAGUUCUCAACUAUGGCGUUGCUCUCAACCGAUCUGAUCUGCUACAAGGUGAUUGGAUCUACCUACGUCUAUCUAGACACAACCAUGACAGUCACUCCCAAGGAUAUUGAGACGAUUGCCUUGGAAACCUUGACGGUGGGAAUGAACCUUGCCAGUACGGACUUUACAGGUCUCGAUCCAGAUAUUUAUGACUUGAACCUCGUAUCUGGCUAUGAAGCACCACCAACGGCACUCAUUGCAUCGAAUAGACCUGCCAAUCAACGAGCCUGGGAUGAUGGGCUCAACAACAACUCGGAAACUCCCAUUGAAUCACCCCCUACCUACACAAGUGGGCGAUCCGGUGGAGCCAAGUUCGGCAUUGCCUUUGCCAUAUUGGCAUGCAUUACCCUUGUUGCAUUUGCAGCAGUGUAUAUGUGGAAGAACCACGACCACCUCCUGGACGAUUACCAACGCCGCAACAAGAAGAAGGGCGGCAAGCACUUCAACUUGGACGAAGUCACCUUGCCUUCCACUCGAUAUGAACCUGAAACUUUCCCUUCCAAGGCUAACGUUUCCCGUGAGGAUGGCCCUUCUCAUGGAGAGAUGAAUGUUACACUUCGGUCCGUUACCAGCGUUCUGGGUGGUCGUGCCGGCUACAGGGCAGAGAGAGCUGCGGAUAGUCCAUCCUCCACAGGAACUCGUCCCCUCUCGCCCGAACCCGCAACUCCUCGACAUCACAGCGUGUUUGACAAAAGUAUCUUUGAUGAACACAACGUGCUUGUGGAAGAAAGCAACAUUGUGAGUCCUCGCUCCGAGCGGAGCGCGAUUAGUGAUGUUUCCGGGGUUUCCUCCGAGUACGACAACUACCGUGGGAAAAGUUAUUCCGCCGCUGCUCAGACUCCCGACGAUCGUAUCCGCACCAAGAGGUUAAGUAAGGGAGAUAUUCGCAGAAGCUUCCAAACUAUGAGCACGCCAUCGCAGAUGGUGUCACCUGAUCGUGCCUAUGAAAUGCAGGACACUGUGGAUUUGUAG